GUACUACCACGACUACCACUCUGAAAGCGUUCUUCGGCGGGUGCAGAUCUGCUUCGCGAUCUAUCUAAAUGAAUCACCGCAAUCCGGGUCGUUUUCCGGGAUUGUUACGACGAUGCUGUGUUUUUGUGAAAUAGUUAUCGAUUAUCGGAUGAUUAUUUAAGUUUGUUAAGUGAAUUCGAUUUGAAAACCGUAGAAUUUUGAAUAAAAAUAAUAAUAAUAAUAUGGCUUUAGGAAACGGUAGUGCGACUACGAACGGUGGGGUCACGCAAGAGAAGGCCCCUGUAGUGAAUGGAACGGCUAUGGAGACUCUGCCCAGGACUGGAAAGCAGACUGACCCGAACACUGCAUUCCUGCGAGCAGCCAGAGCAGGACAACUCGACAAAAUACAGGAGUACUUGGACUCGGGCACGGUUCGAGACAUCAAUACAUCCAAUGCGAACGGCCUAAACGCCCUUCACCUGGCAGCGAAAGACGGUCACGUGGACGUAGCCAAAGAACUAUUAAAACGAGGAGCCAUCGUUGACGCCGCUACCAAGAAAGGCAACACAGCUUUGCAUAUCGCAUCGCUAGCCGGCCAAGAAGAAAUCGUAAGAUUAUUAAUACAACACAGUGCUUCCAUUAACGUUCAAUCCCAAAAUGGUUUUACCCCUUUAUACAUGGCUGCCCAAGAAAACCAUGACUCCUGCGUUAAAUAUUUGCUUUCAAAGGGAGCAAAUCAAAGUCUUGCAACGGAAGAUGGAUUUACACCAUUGGCUGUUGCGAUGCAACAAGGUCAUGAUAAAGUGGUGGCCGUUUUAUUGGAAAGCGAUACGCGAGGAAAAGUUAAAUUACCGGCUCUUCACAUAGCAGCGAAAAAAGAUGAUUGUAAAGCUGCGUCUUUGUUGCUUCAAAACGAUCACAAUCCGGACGUGACGUCGAAAAGCGGAUUCACGCCUUUGCAUAUCGCGGCUCAUUAUGGUAACGAUAAAGUCGCAUCGUUGUUAUAUGAAAAGGGGGCAGAUGUUAACUAUUCGGCAAAACAUAAUAUAACGCCGUUACACGUCGCUAGUAAAUGGGGAAAAAUGAAUAUGGUCACUUUAUUGGUAGCUAAAGGAGCCGACAUCCAAGCAAAAACUAGAGACGGUUUAACCCCGUUACAUUGUGCAGCAAGAUCCGGUCACGAUCAAGUGGUUGAUAUGUUAUUAGAAAACGGAGCUCCAAUGCAUGCAAAAACAAAAAAUGGGUUAGCUCCUCUUCAUAUGGCAGCUCAAGGUGAACACGUCGACGCAGCAAGAAUUCUUCUUUUUCACGGUGCCCCAGUGGAUGAAGUAACCAUGGAUUAUUUAACAGCUCUUCACGUAGCGGCUCAUUGCGGCCACGUGAGAGUUGCAAAACUUCUUUUAGAACGUGGAGCGGAUCCGAACGCACGUGCCCUAAACGGAUUUACCCCGCUUCAUAUAGCGUGUAAAAAAAGUCGCAAUAAAAUGGUUGAGUUACUAUUAAAACACGGAGCGAGUAUAUCGGCGACCACCGAAAGCGGAUUAACUCCUCUACACGUAGCCAGUUUUAUGGGGUGCAUGAACAUCGUUAUUUUUUUACUUCAACACGACGCCAGUCCAGAUAUUCCAACCGUAAGGGGUGAAACUCCUUUACAUUUAGCCGCAAGGGCGAAUCAAACGGACAUCAUAAGAAUUCUUCUUCGUAACGGAGCGGUGGUAGAUGCUAGAGCACGAGAAGAACAAACGCCUCUUCACGUCGCUAGUCGACUUGGAAACGUUGAUAUCGUGAUGUUACUCCUUCAGCACGGAGCCCAACCGCAUGCCACCACGAAAGAUUUGUACACGCCACUACAUAUAGCAGCUAAAGAAGGUCAAGAAGAGGUUGCCUCCGUUUUAUUAGAUCACGGCGCAGAUUUGACAGCGACCACCAAGAAAGGAUUAACACCUCUUCAUUUAGCAGCUAAAUACGGACAUUUAAACGUAGCUAGAUUGCUUUUACAACGAGAUGCCCCCGCUGAUGCUCAGGGCAAAAAUGGCGUAACUCCUUUGCACGUUGCGGCUCAUUAUGAUCAUCAACCUGUUGCGUUGUUACUUUUGGAUAAAGGGGCUUCACCUCAUGCAAUCGCUAAGAAUGGGCAUACUCCUUUACAUAUUGCAGCUAAAAAGAAUCAAAUGGAUAUUGCAACAACUUUGUUAGAGUAUGGAGCAAAAGCUGAUGCAGAAUCGAAAGCUGGAUUUACUCCUUUACAUCUUAGUUGUCAAGAGGGUCAUUCGGAUAUGUCCUCGUUACUUUUGGAACAUCAAGCUGGUCCAAAUCGGGAAGCAAAGAAUGGUCUGACACCACUCCAUCUUUGCGCCCAAGAAGAUAGAGUUCCGGUCGCUCAGUUGCUGCUUCGAGCUGGAGCCCUAAAAGAUUCUAGAACGAAAUCUGGUUAUACACCUCUUCACAUCGCUUGUCAUCAGGGACACGUCAAUAUGGUCCGAUUGUUAAUUGAACAAGGAGCUGAAGUGAACCCUGUUACUCAAUCGGGGUACACGCCUCUUCAUCAAGCGGCCCAACAGGGACACGUACUCGUUAUUAAUUUGUUAUUGAAGAAUAAAGCAAAUCCCAAUGUUGUUACAUACAAUGGACAAACGGCUCUUGGAAUCGCAAAUAAACUUGGAUAUAUUAGUGUUGUUGAAGAAUUAAAGGUGGUUACUGAAUUGGAUAUCAUCACCACAACCACCAUUAACAUCGAGGAGAAAUACAAAGUGGUUGCCCCCGAAGGUAUGCAGGAAACGUUUAUGUCGGAUUCAGAAGACGAAGGAGGUAAGUAAAGUAUAAAUAAAAUCA